UACAUAAUGCCUUCAUUUAAAACCCCCACGUGUUGCAAAACAUUUUCAAUUUCAUAUAAACAUUUAAAGGACCAUAUGUACAUAAUCUGGUAUGAACGACGCUGCAGCUCAACUGGCGGCCCAACUUCCAGGUAAAGUUCCGGCGCGAGGCUGCAGGAAGAGGGAGGGGAACUUCCGGCGGACGCACCCUGCCCUGCUGUCUCCCAGGACCUCAUUCGCAGACUUUGUCGAUUGCUUCUGUCUGGCUAGUGGCGGGCCCGCUCCGAUCGACUGCUCGAGUCUGGCCUCUCCCCGAGCGCGGGAAAAUGAAUUUCACCCAGCCGGGCGGCCUCAGCUCGCUCCUGGACUCUGAGGAUCCUGCUCAGCCUCACGCUCCUCCGGGUUCCACUCGAAUCACACGAAAUAGGCGGAGGAGCUCGGGUCGCCUCCAUGUCCGAGGCUUAUUUCCGGGUGGAGUCGGGCGCGCUGGGACCUGAGGAGAACUUUCUCUCCCUGGACGACAUCUUGAUGUCCCACGAGAAGCUGCCGGUGCGCACGGAGACGCCCAUGCCGCGCCUGGGCACCUUCUUCCCGGAGUGGGGCGCGGGCGCCGGGCCGGACCGCGCGCUGCCGCAGGGCUCAAAGCUUGAACUCCCUUUGUGGCUGGCAAAAGGACUUUUUGACAAGAAGCGGCGCAUCCUUUCCGUGGAACUUCCCAAGAUCUACCAACAGGGUUGGAGGACUGUAUUCAGUGCAGAUGCCAAUGUGGUGGACCUACACAAAAUGGGACCCCAUUUCUACGGGUUUGGCUCCCAGCUCCUCCAUUUUGACAGUCCAGAGAAUGCAGAUAUAUCCCAGUCUCUGCUGCAAACAUUUAUUGGACGUUUUCGCCGCAUCAUGGACUCCUCUCAGAACGCUUACAACGAAGACACUUCAGCCCUGGUAGCCAGGCUGGACGAUAUGGAGAGGGGCUUAUUUCAAACUGGGCAAAAAGGACUGAAUGGCUUUCAGUGUUGGGAAAAGGGACAGGCUUCCCAAAUCACAGCUUCCAGCCUCGUUCAGAAUUAUAAGAAGAGAAAAUUCACUGACAUGGAAGACUGAAGGUCAGAAGAACACAGAAUUGCCCCGGGUGGGCUGAUGCCUCAUGUGUCCUUACUAAGACCUUCUUGACCUUGUUCAGGACCAAAUUGUGUCACACUUCGUAGGUUAUAACCUGCAGCAGUCUCAGGAGUUGAGACCAUCUUGUUGGGAUGGGAUGUCCCGAAGCCCCUGGUCCUCUAAUCUUCCAGGACUGUCCCACCCUGCUAACCCACAGCCCAGGCCUUUUGACCUCAGAAUGCGCAGCUAAAGAGAAAUCAGAGUCUGUCCUAACUAAGGUCCAAUGACAUACACAUUCACAGUUGAGUUGAAGUUGGUGUUCUUGUGUCUGGGAGUUUAGACAGCCUCACAUGUCCAGUGUCACUAGCUGCAGAGGACAGGUAUAAAUUGGGUCACCUUUGCCUGUUCACAGAAUGUUCUGUUGAGGUUUUUGCCUCAUCUUCCUCAUGCUCAAACAAAGACUAGCACGUCCUGGUGCUUGCCUGACUUAAAAAGCUCUCCUGCUGUUCACCUGUGGAGAAUUACCCUAAUUUCCAAAAACAGUCCCCAAAAAGAAGGAGAGGCAAAUGAAUGGCAUGGCAGAAAAGAGAAGAUAUUACUUUUGUACUCUAAGAUCAGGGCUUUGUGAACCAGAGUCACAUCACUGCAGUCAGCCUGGAGGAGAGGUGGUUAAAUUGAGCUUGUGUUUGUCUCUGCAAUCUUUAGCGCAUCCACACACUUAUUCCAUUCUGCUCCAGGAAAACUGUCAGGGACUCAUUUGGAAUUGCAAAGUAGUUAUUAAGGGUGUUAACCAGCCUUUGCUACAUCUGAAAAUCAGGAUUGGAGCCCUGUGUGAGAAACUUAACAUGGCAAAUGUUAAGUAGCUGAAAGGCUUGGUUACAUAUAUAUUUUUUGUUUAGGAUAUUCUGGGAUAUUAUUGCAUAGACAACCCCGACCAUUUAAUGGAAAUCUAUGUAAGAAGCACAAAAGUCUUCUGAGAAGAGCGAGGAGGAAACUCAGGCUGAGUAAGAAACUACACUCCUGGGGACCUACUAGACUGUCCAAUGGGCAGUUUUCUCCAGACCAUUGCUCCCCUUCCCAACACCUCACAGCUGACAAAAAUUAGUGCUGUUGUUGGAAAUUAUGGAAGCAUUUGGGUUUCCAAAUUAUACAGGUGUCUUGAUAUAAACGUAGAAUGGCAGAAAUGCUUUUGAAAAUGCCUAUUUUAACAUGAAAUUGUUUUUAUAAUUUGAUUUUAGUACUAAAUAAAUGAUCAGCUUUGCCUAUGA